AUGUCUACCACUGUUAAUAAUAACGAAGCCUCUAGUAGUAGUACCUCUGCCUCUAAUAGCGCUGAAUCCUUUGAUUUAAGAAUGAAAUCAAUGGAAGAUCAAAUCAACAACCUUUCCUUAGCCUUUACAAGAUUCAUGAAAGAACCUAUGUUCUCUUCUAAUACCAAUUCAAGUAGCCAACCUUCUCAUGAUAACUCUGACACCGAGAAUGAACAAAGUGAAGAUGAAUCAAGUAACAAUGUCGAAGUUCCAACCGAUUAUCAAUUAUCCGAUACCUUACUUGGUCAGUACAAACAUAUGGUAAACAAUCAAGGUUUACUCGUCGAAGAAGAAUGUAUCCUCAAGAAAGAUGAGAUAUCCGAAUUGAAUAAAGUAUUCAACUUUCCAUCUAACUUCCAAGUGAAUGUCGCUCCAUUCGGUACACCUGAAGGUAUUACUGUAUCAUCCAACGUCAAGAACAAUGAUACUGACUUGUUGAUUGUCGAAAAGCGAAUCAACGAUAGCUUGAAACCUUUGCUUCUCAUGUCAAGUAUGUUAUCAUCUGAUAGCUCUAAUGUCGAUGUAGAACUUAUUAGUUACUUAACUCAGAGUGCAAUCGUCUUAGCUGUUAAUGCUCAAGCAUCGCUUAGUCGUGUCCGUCGUAACAACAUCGCAAAAGAAAUCUAUGGUUCUGAAGUACUCUUACCAAUUUAUAUUAUCAUAUAUAUAUAUAUAUUAUGA